AUGAUGAUCCUCACCAGCGAUAACAUCGACCAGAAAGCCGGUUUACUAGACCGCACUCCUGCAUCCGACAUACACCCACCUCCGUACACCAGUACAACUGCUGCGCAAGCUUCAUUAACACCAAACACAGAAGCCCAUUCAAGCCAGGAUCUCACCUACGCGUACGAUGUCCCCCCGCUCCUCACCGAACGCCCCUGCAACUGGGUAUACGCUUACAACGCCUACGACCCCAACACCUCCAACAAAAACCAGUACAUCUUGGACCCGUCGCUGAAGGUCCCUAGUUCGCUUAUCUCAGAGGCGGCCGCGGAGGUGCAGGAAGGGGACAGGGAUACGCUGAAUUUGAAGGCGGGCACUGCAUCGGUCGAUGUGGUCGCGAGGAUCGUCGACAGCGGCGGAGGUGGGACUAGUACUACGAAGAGAAGGGCCCGAAUCACACUCGGUUCGACUCAUGGCUCUGUUAAGGGGAAGAUCUUAUCCGUCUCCGGCUCUCCUACCCCCAAAUUCCACCUCACAGCAACAACCAGCACCGGUAACAUCUACAUUCACGUCCCCCGUUCAUUCCACGGCCCCAUAUCCGCGUCCACGACCCAUGGCUCUAUACAAUUCUCUGACGGACUCAGGAGAAACACUACCACGUUUGCUGAUGGACAGAAGAAGAAAUGCUUCGUUGGCGAUUUCGCUGGGUACCCUGAUGGAGAUGGAGAUGAUGACACAGAGAGGAAGGAGGAAUGGGACGAGCUGAGCAUAGAGACUCAGUACGGGGUGGUAAAGGUGUAUUAUGCUGACGAGUGGGAAGUUAAGCAGAGGGAGAAGGCGGCGAAGGAGAGAGAGAGGGAAGAGAAGAGGAAAAUGAAUGAGGGGAAGAGCUUCUUCAGUAAGAUUUUUAGGCUGUAA